AUGGCAGAGCGUGAGGCGUCGCCGUUACCACUGGAGGUUCGCGCCCGGCUGGCGGAGCUGGAGCUCGAGCUGUCAGAGGGUAAGAACAAACCCCGCGCGCACCGUUUUUCCGUUAACGUAGAGGAAUCUCUACAGUAAUGGCCCGUUCCCCCAGACCCCACUUUCUCUCCCCUGCUCCGCCCCUCCCAGAUGUUUGUCAGAGCUGCCCUCCCAGCCUGCUUUAGCCGGGACAGGGUGAGGGGAGAGCAACAGCCCACUGCGGAAUUGACCCGCCUGCCUUUGUCUCUCUGGUGGUGACACCGACACAAACCCGGUAUUUGACCUUGAGACCAUUGGGGUGUUAAGACUUGAAAUACGUUUGUUGUCCGUGCGUCCACGGGCCUGUGUGCGUGCGUGUAUGUGUUUAGGCCUAUAAGUGUGUGUCAUGCUCAAACGUAUGAAUUUAAUAAUAUCAAUGCAACACUGCGUGACAGGAUACGGUUCUGUGGUGUGUGUUCGUGAUCAGGCUCGGGCUCGGUGUUUUGGCCUGCACACUCAGCAGCUGCUGCUGCUGAUGAUGAUAAUGAUGAUGAUUUGGGUGUUUUUUUUCUGGCGACGAUUGAAUCUAAAAUAAAAUAGCCUACACCGAAUCUGUUAAAUCACAACCAAGCGGAUUCACCAAUGGAAUUCGGAGAUUAUUUUGCAGCGAGUAAUUGUCAGAUAUAUUGCGCAUUUGUCUCUGCGUUAUAUAAUGUUGACAUAUUUUAUUCAUAUACGUUGUCUGCUCUCUAUAUAUUGCUGUCAACGCUCCUGGUGUAUGUUGUGUGUGUGGUUUACAUCAUGGGCUAGCGUGUUAGGGACACACUGUUGAACGCCUAUAGCCUAAUGGUGAUGUGUUGACGUUUUUCAUUGCAGCCAGUAGCGUAUUUUUAAUGCUAUUAUUGUUGGAUCCCAAAACCAGCUGUCCCUCCAUAGGCUGUUCAUCAGAGCAGAACCAGGACAUGACAGGUACUGAUGGCGAUACAGGUGCUCUACUGGAGAUAGACAGGUGCUGGAUGUGGACAUGGAUUGAUGACUACUGACAGGGAGGUGUUAGGAUACAUCAUGGUCUUUAUCAGGUGUCGCUCUGUCAAAACAUUGUUGAUGUAGGCCCAUCACUAAAAGCUGUAUUAAAAGAUCACUUGUGGAAGCAGUCAAAGUGAGCAGACAGUACCAUUUUCUGCAGUGGUUCUGUUUUUGUCCAGCUUCUUUGGCUACACACUAUUCUCCCACCUUCCUCUCUUCCUUUCUCUGGCCCAUCGAGUGACCAGGGACAGGGACAGGGUAUGUGUGUGUGUGUGUGUGUGUGUGUGUGUGUGUGUGUGAGCCCCCUGGCCCAGCUCUGGACACGCAUGUGGAGACAGAGAGGACUCUGGGACACAGGUUUCAGCUGAAGCCCAAUCCCCUAAAUGACGUGUUGUUUGGUGUGUUGAUUGUGGUGGGGGGGGAUUUUUUUUACUAGGCCGUCUUUUGUUUUGGGGAAAGGGUAUGUUUAUGACACAUAAAGGGGUUUGGAUACGAGAUAAAAAGAAAAAAAGGAGAGUGAAAAAAGGGGGGGAGGGGGGAUCAGAGUGAAGAGGUAAAGGGGGGGGAGAGGGGUUGGGUGUGGAGGGAGGGGGGAGUUAAAAUUUUAGGAAGGGGGGGGGAAGAGGGGGUUAGAGGUGAUGAGAGGGGGGGAGGGGGUUUUGGGUUGGGGGGGGGGGGUUGGAGGUGGGGGGGGGUUUUGGGGUUGAAAGGGGAAAGGAGGGGGGUUUUGGGUUUUGGGGGGGAAAAGGGGGGGGGAUUAAAAUGUGCGGGGGAGGGGGGGGGAGGGGGGGGGGGGGGGGGGUUUUUUUUUUUUUUGGGGGGGGCCCGGGGUUUUUUUUUCUUUUUUUUGGGGGGGCGGGGGGGGGGGGUUUUGGGGUUUUGGGGGGGUUUUUUUGGGUUUGGGGGUGGCGGGGGGGGGGGGGGGGGGGGGUUUGGCGUGUGGGGGGGGGGGGGGGGUCUGGGGGUGGGGGGGGGGGGGUUUUUGAUGCUGGGGGGGGAGGGGGGUUUUUAUUUUUUUUUUUUUGGGAAAAUUAAAAGGGGGGGGAAAUUUAAAAAUGGAAAAAAAAAAAAAAAAAAAAAUAUUUCCCAAAAUUUUAGGGGGGGGGAAAAAGUUUCAAUGAAGGAAAAAUUUUGGAUUUCAUAAAAAAGGGAAAUUCCCGGCCCAAAAAAAAUAACUUUUUUUUAACGGGUUUUUAAAACAAUUUGGGAAAAGGCUUUAUAAAUUUCCCCCUUGUUUUUUUGAAAGUUAAAAAGCGUGGAUUUUAAUAAUUUUUGAAGAAAAGAAAAGAAAGGAGAUCAGAGGGGGCCCAAAAAUGUUUUGAACUCUGUAUUUUUAGUGGGUAUUCAACCCCCCACACACCACACAAACACAACCCAAAGGCAGGUAUCAUUAGUUAGCCCCUUUUUACAUCUGACGUUGAAAACCAAAUGGGCCCCCAGGCCUUCCAGGAAAUGGUUUUUAGGAAUCCCCCCUCCCCGCCGCUGCGUGGGGGGGGGGGGGAAAAUGGGGUCUCCCUUGGACUGAGUGUGUGUGUGGUGUGUUUGGUGUGUGUGUGUGUGUUGUGUGGGUGUUUGCACGUGUGCAGCGUGUUAUGUUUGGGGUUGUGAGGGGUUUUUGUUGUUUGUUGUGGUUUGUCAAAAACAGAAAGCCCCAUGCGUUUUUGAUCUGGAAAGGCCUCAGAUAAAAAAAAACCACACAGCUGAAAAAAGCGAGAACGAUGAGCAGAUUGGACCCAAAUGUUCGGGGUCCUCAAUUUGUGAAACACAUUUUCUUUCCGCUUUAUUCUUGUCUCUCUCUCCCCUUUUCCCCAUAUUUUCCUUGUUUUCUUUUCUCUCUUCUCAUUUCUCGCUUGUCCUUUUUCUGCCUUUUUUGUUCUCUAUUUCUCUGUCUCCUUUCCCCCGAACCUUUUUUGUUCCCUUUGUCUCUUCUUUCCCCCCCCCCCCCCCCAAACACACACAUACUUACAUACAAACACUCGCUCUCUCACACACACUCACUGUGUGUGAAUUUUUUCUAUCUCUCUCGCUCGCUCUCUCUCUCUCUCUCUCUCUCUCACACACACACACACACACACACACUUUCAGACACCCACUCUCUCUCUCUCUUAAAACACACACACACACUGUAAAAGGGUUAACUGAUACUCUUACACUCAAAACAACCUCUCUCUCACCCCCCCCCCCCCCCCCCCCUCUCUCCCUCUCUCUAUCCCCCCCUCUCUCUGCUAGGUGACAUCACACAGAAGGGUUAUGAGAAGAAGCGGUCUAAGCUGAUCAGGGCGUACGUUCCUCAUCCUGGAGGUACAUUAAUACACAGUCCGUCCUCUAGUAGAACACCUCUAUGCAGCACAUCUAUUCUAGACCCACUGGGUUUAACCCUCCUUCUUUAAUCCCUGGCUCUCUCUCACUCUGGGUCACAAGAUACUCUGUAUUACUCCCAAUACUCUCAAUGUAGCAGCAUAUUCAAUAUGCUGAAAGCUCCUUCCACACUGAGAGUGUUUGGUGAUUUUUGUAUCUUUCUCUGUCUGUGGCUUGGAUUGUAUCUUUUUGACUCGCUCAAUCAUUUUCUGUGUGUUUUUCUCUGUGUGUGUGCUUGUCUCUGUGUGUGUGCUUGUCUCUAUGUGUGUGCUUGUGUGUGUGUGCUUUUCUCUGUGUAGGAAUGGAGGGUAUGUCCCACCACCCCCUCUUCGGCCCCCCGUCUGCUGCUCGCUUCCACAGACGGCGCUCUUCUGGAACACGCGAUGAACGCUAUCGUUCAGGUACACACACACACACAAACACACACACACACACACCUUAACUACAGAUAAGGUGCUGAACGUCACCUUAGAACAGAGUCAUUCUAACUGUUGGUAGACUCACCUUUAGAUUGACCUUUCAUUAGUCAACAUAUAGAUAGAAGUGUUUUGAUUAAAUUGACUAAUACAAUUCCUCUCUCUCCAACACCAUAUCACCCCCCAGACGUCCACAGUGAGGCGGUACAGGCAGUGUUAGCCAGACAUGUGGAGAGCAAGGUGGCAGUGCCCAUGCCCUCCAAACGACGAUCGCUGGUGGUACAGACAUCCAUGGACGCCUACACACCCCCAGGUGAGACACACACACACAUAUCAGGUUAUGAUAUGAUUAUGUUAGUGUUAUGCUGUAGUUGUGUUGUAUGAAGGUUGUAUGAAGGCUACUGACCCUCACUAGGCCUGUCCUCAUUCUCUUAAACGGUUAAGUUCUAUUAAGGUUGUAGUAAUGUUAGUUAUAUGCUAUGCUACGCAGUUAUGUUGAAUGAAGACUACUGACCCUCACUAGGCCCGUCUUCAUGGUCAGAUAGGGUUGGGGUUAGGUUGUGUUUUGGUUAGCUAUGGGCUGCAGUUAUGUUGUAUGAAGGUUGUAUGAAGGUUACUGACCCUCACUAGGACUGUCCCCACUGUGCUCAGACUCUUCGUCGGGCUCGGAGGAAGAGGCGGGGCCAGGUGAUGACAUGCCGGGGAUGGAACAUUGGAUGACUCGCCCCGCCCACUUAGGUCCAGCUCACCUAGGCUCCACCUCCUCGUCCUCCUCGUCCACUCAGAGCGGCGGCAGCGGCAACGCAGGACGACUGGCUGACUCGCUCGCACACGCCCACCUCUCACACCCACACCUCUCACACCCACACCUGACCCAGUCACACCACGUGUCAGCUCACCACUCACAAACACACCACGGUGAGUACAACUUCACUUUGCUUUUUUGUGUAACAGUGUGUGUGUGUGUGUGUUUACAUCUAAUUUGUGUUUGUAUGUGUGUGUCUGCAGGUAUAGGGCACCUGUCUCUGAAGCGUAAGCCAGCUCUGGGUGUGGCGGAGAACGGGGCUCUUCGAAACCGGGGAGUUGGGUUUGAUAUGGUGGGGUAAAAAAUGGAGUUGACGGUAGUAGAAAAAAAAAAAAAAAAAAACAAACCAAAAAAAAAAGGGAAAAACAAAAAGAACAAAUUUUAAAAAGUUUCCAAAUUUUUAAAUUAUUAUUUAUUAAUACUAAUAAUAUAAAACAAAAAUUUUUUAAAAACCCAAAAAAAUUUAAUUUUAAAAAAAAUUAUUUUAUAACCCCUUUAAAUUUAAAACUUUAAAAUUUUAUUUGGGUCUCUUAUUUUUUUUUGGUUUUUUCUAAACUUUUUUAUUUUCUAAGGGUUUUUUUAUGCUUCUUUCUCGUAGCUUCCUGCAUUAGCUGCUUCUUUGCUUUUCCCGCUUCUCUAUCUUCUUCUUUUUUCUCUCUUUUCUCUCUCUUCUCUCUCCCCUUUCUUCUCUCCUUCUUCUCUCCCUUUCUUCCUCUUCCCCCUUUUUUUCUUCCUUUCUCUCUCUUUUCUCCCUCUUCUCCCUCUUUCUCUCUCUUCCUUUUCUCUCUCCUCUCUCUCUCCCCCUUUUUCCUCCUCUUCUUCUCUCUCUCUCUCCCCUCUCUCUCUCUCCUCUUCUCUCUCUCUCUCUCUCUUCUCUCUCUUUUCCCUCCUCCUAUUAUGGGUCUCAUCGUCCUCCCUCCCCCCCCCUCCCCCUCGGGGCCCAAAAGGCCCCCCGAAACACCCCCGAAGUACGGCCCCAACCCAACCGGGGGGACUGGGGGGGGCCCCCCGGCAGGUCGGGGGUUCUGCCCUAGCCAGCCGUAGUGAAAAAAUCUGAAAAUGCCCGUGACCUCCGCUCAGAGAGCUUUGUUGAGACUUUUAAGAACUUUAGAAGGGAGGAGCUAUCAACCAAAAAUCGUUUUCAAUAAAUGAAAUUAAGUAGGCUAUCUGAAGGGGAGUGAAAGGUUUGCAUUAACUUUAGUGUGGUAAGGGUUUUACUUGCAAGUUUAAAAAAAAAAAUAUUUUUCUCUGUUCCCGUUUGUCCUGUCUGGUUUUGUCUCUGUUUUUGUCUUGUCUUUCUGUUCUGUUCUGGUUGUGUCUGGUCUGUGUCUCUGUUUUUCCCGUCUUUGGUAUGUGUUUUGUGUCGGUCGGUGGGCUGUGUUUGUCUCUUUUUUCUGUGUUGUGUCUGGUUUGUUUUGUCUCUUGUCUGGUUGUGCUGUGUCUUUUUCUUGUCUCUGUCUCUGUCUCUGUCUCUCUCUCUCUCUGUGUCUCUCUCUCUCUCUGUCUCUGUCUCUGUCUCUGGUUCUGUCUCUGUCUAUGUCUUUGUCUUUGUCUUUGUCUCUGUCUUUGUCUCUGUAGUCCAGCAACCAGAUCCCAAGCAGCGCCGUCCGGAGGGGGCAGAGAUGUUAGCAGUGAGUGGAGAGGCCCUGGGGGUGGUGACUAACUGGCCCCCCUCCCUGGAGGCUGCUCUCCAACGCUGGGGCACAAUUAGCCCUAAAGCCCCCUGUCUCACCAGCCUGGACAACACUGGCAAACCUCUAUAUGUACUCACAUACGGUAACUACACACACACAGAGUCACACACACAUACAUACAUCACAGGAGGCUGGUGAGGGGAGGACGGCUCAUAAUAAUGGCUGGAAUGGAGUGAAUGGAAUGGCAUCAAACACAUGGAAACCAUGUUUUUGAUGUAUUUGAUACCGUUCCACUGAUUCCGCCCCCAGCCAUUACCACAAGCCCGUCCUCCCCAAUUGAAGGUGCCACCAACCUCCUGUGACACAUAUACACACACCACACAAACACACCGCACACACACACAGCCACACAGUCACGCCACACAAACACUCACUCAGCCCUGUGUUGUGUCCAUAGGGAAGCUAUGGUCUCGAAGUGUCAAGCUGGCCUUUAACAUCCUCCACAAGCUUGGCAGCAAGCAGGAGCCCAUGGUGCGACCAGGGGACAGGGUGAGUACAUAUAGAAGAUCCAUCCCUCUAAUAACAUAACACAAAACACUGUAUUUGUGCUAGUUAUGUUAUUAAUAAUGGAUAUCAGAAUUAAGGACAAGACGGAUUGUAAUAUUUUCUCCCUGCCUGUGUUCCUCCGAUCCCCUAGGUGGCACUGGUGUUUCCUAACAAUGACCCGGUGGCUUUCAUGGUGGCCUUCUACGGCUGCCUGCUGGCUGAGGUGGUCCCUGUACCCAUAGAGGUGCCCCUCACACGCAAGGUACGUCUACAUACAUCUGGGUGUGGGGAAAAAUGAAUAGUCAGGGGUCCAAGCACAGAGCCCUGGGAACACCUUAUUUCAUUGACAUACUGUAUGUUGUGUUGUAUAAGCAAUAAGCACAUAUUGGGCUCCCGAGUGGCGCAGUGGUCUAAGGCACUGCAUCUCAGUGCUUGAGGCGUCACUACAGACCCCCUGGUUCGAUUCCUGGCGGUAUCACAACCGGCCGUGAUUGGGAGUCCCAUAGGGCGGUGCCGGUGUAGGCCGUCAUUGUAAAUAAGAAUUUGUUCUUAACUAACUUGCCUAGUUCAAUUAAGGUUAAAUACAAUAAAUAUGUAUAGGAGUUUUUGUGUUGGACAUGAACGUGUCUGUCUUGUCCAAUAGGAUGCUGGCAAGCCAGCAGAUCGGGUUCCUAUUGGGUAGCUGUGGGGUUACCGUGGCGCUGACCAGUGAUGCUUGCCAUAAAGGCCUGCCCAAGAGUGCUACAGGAGAGAUACCACAGUUCAGAGGUAAGUGAAUGUGUGCGUGCAUGUACAUGUGUUCUAAGAAUCUAGUUCCUAAACAGUGUAUGAAUGCAGCCAAAUGAUUGUCUCUCUCUCUCGCUCUAGGGUGGCCUAAGUUGCUGUGGUUUGUGACUGAGUCGAAGCAUCUCUCCAAGCCUCCCAGAGACUGGUUCCCUCACAUCAAAGAUGCAAACAGCGACACAGCAUAUAUAGAGGUAACACAGUCAUUACAUUUCCAUUACAAAGAUAACUUGUUAUGUAAAUCAAUCCAAAUUGCUUUAGCAAAAACCUAAGGGGUUUUUAAUGUACAGUGUAUUCGGAAAGUAUUACAUUUACAUUUACAUUUACGUCAUUUAUUGAAGGACCUUUGGCAGCCUCAAGUCUUCUUGGGUAUGACGCUACAAGCUUGACACACCUGUAUUUGGGGAGUUUCUCCCAUUCUUCUCUGCAGAUCCUCUCAAGUUCUGUCAGGUUGGAUGGGGAGCGUCGCUGCACAGCUAUUUUCAGGUCUCUCUAGAGAUGUUCGAUUGAGUUCAAGUCCGGGCUCUGGCUGGGCCGCUCCAGGACAUUCAGAGACUUGUCCCGAAGCCACUCCUACAUUGUCUUGUCGCCCCAGUCUGAGGUCCUGAGCGCUCUGGAGCAGGUUUUCAUCAAGGAUCUCUCUGUACUUUGCUCCGUUCAUCUUUCCCUCGAUCCUGACUAGUCUCCCAGUCCCUGCCGCUGAAAAACAUCCCCACUGCAUGAUGCUGCAACCACCAUGCUUCACCGUAGGGAUGGUGCCAGGUUUCCUCCAGACGUGACGCUUGGCAUUCAGGCCAAGAAUCUUGUUUCUCAUGGUCUGAGAGUCUUUAGGUGCCUUUUGGCAAACUCCAAGCGGGCUGUCAUGUGUGUUUUACUGAGGAGUGGCUUCCGUCUGGCCACUCUACCAUAAAGGCCUGACUGGUGGAGUGCUGCAGAGAUGGUUGUCCUUCUGAAAGAUUCUCCCAUCUCCACAGAGGAACUCUGGAGCUCUGUCAGAGUGACCAUCGGGUUCUUGGUCACCUCCCUGACCAAGGCCCUUCUCCCCCGAUUGUUCAGUUUGGCUGGGUGGCCAGCUCCAGGAAGAGUGUUGGUGGUUCCAAACUUCUUCCAUUUAAGAAUGAUGGAGGCCACUGUGUUCUUGGGGACCUUCAAUGCUGCAGGCAUUUUUUGGUACCCUUCCCCAGAUCUGUGCCUCAACACAAUCCUGCCUUUGAGCUCUACGGAUAAUUCCUUCGACCUCAUGGCUUGGUUUUUGCUCUGACAUCCACUGUCAACUGUGGGACCUUAUAUACACAGGUGUGUGCCAAUCAAUUGAAUUUACCACAGGUGUACUCCAAUGAAGUUGUAAAAACGUCUCAAGGAUGAUCAAUGGAAACAAGAUGCACCUGUGCUCAAUUUCGAGUCUCAUAGCAAAGGGUCUGAAUACUUAUGUAAAUAAGUUAUUUCUGUUUUUUAUAUGUAAUAAAUUAGCAACAUUUUUGAAAAGCCUUUUUUCGCUAUUGAUCGUUAUGGGGAAUUGUGUGUCUCUGUGUCUGUCUCUCUCUCUCUCUCUCUAAACUACCUCUCUAUCUUCGCUAACACGCGAAACCAUCGAAAUAAUCAGAUGCUGUGACUAAGAGCGAGCGAUAUAGAGCGGAUAGACGCGCGCGGCAGCUCUCUCGCGAACUCGAGCGUGCAGGAUAGCUCGUAGAUCGACUCUCUCUCUCGAUUCGCUCGCGCUCGUCUCUCUCUAUCUGAUAUAUCUAUCUCUGCUCUCUUCUCUGCUCUCUCUCUCUAUCAUCGCUCACUCGAUCGAGAUCUCUUCUCAUUCUCUCUCAUCAGACUGUAUAUUUCUCUAUCCUCUCGAUCGCUUAUCUCUAUCUAUCUUCUCUCAGCCUUUUCUAUCUUCUCUCUCUCUAUAACUCCACUAUCUCUAUCUCUCUCUCUCACUACUCUCUCACCAGACAAAACGUGUAAGAUGGGAGUUUCUGGGAGUGACGGUGAUGAGGAUCGCUCUGCUAACUCACUGCCAAGCCCUCACACAGUCCUGUGGCUACACAGAAGGUAAGACACACACUCUACACACACACACACACACACUCUCUCACACACACACAGUUACACACUGCCAGGUAAUCUCUCUCUCUCUCUCUCUCUCUCUCUCUCUCUCUCUCUCUCUCUCUCUCUCUCUCUCUCUCUAUCUCUCUCUCUCUCUUCUCUCUCUCUCUUUGGCUUCAGUGAUCUCAUGACAUCUAUCUCUCUUUGUCUCCUUCCUGCUCUUGCUCCACCACUCCCUUCUACCCCCUCUCCCCUCUGUCUCUCUGCAGCGGAGACCAUAGUGAAUGUUCUAGACUUUAAGAAGGAUGUGGGACUGUGGCACGGCAUCCUCACGGUAAGACCUGCUACUAGAGGUCAGGUGUCAGGGAAAGUAUGAUAAGGUGUUAAGGGUUAGAGGUUAAAGGUUAUGUGUGUCUCCUAUCUCCAGAGCGUGAUGAAUAUGAUGCAUGUGAUCAGUGUUCCCUACUCUCUGAUGAAGGUCAACCCGUUGUCCUGGAUACAAAAGGUCUACCACUUUAAAGGUCAGACACACCCACCUGUCAAUCAACUGCUCAAUAUUAAAUGAAUAUGUCAAUCUACAAGACAUUCUUGUGAAGUCAUAUGUCAAUCAUUCAGGCAGUAUAUGAUCUCAACUUUGUGUUAACACUGAUGUCAACACUGUGUGUGUGUCUCUCCAGCCAAGGUAGCGUGUGUAAAGUCCAGGGACAUGCACUGGGCUCUGGUGGCCCACAGAGAGCAGAAGGACAUCAGCCUGAGUUCCCUCCGGAUGCUGCUGGUCGCCGACGGAUCUAACCCCUGUAACUCUACUUCCUAUCUAUCAAGCUAUGUUUCUCCUAGUCCUCUAUGGUUCUCUUAGUCCUCUCUGUUUCUCCGAGCCCUCUCUAUGUUUCUCCUAGUCCUCUAUAUGUUUCUCCUAGACCUCUCUAUGUUUCUCCUAGUCCUCUCUAUGUUUCUCCUAGUCCUCUCUAUGUUUCUCCUAGUCCUCUCUCUGUUUCUCCUAGUCCUCUCUAUGUUUCUCUUAGUCCUCUCUAUGUUUCUCCUAGUUCUCUCUAUAUUUCUAAUAGCCUCUCUAUGUUUCUCCUAGCCCUCUCUAUGUUUCUCCAAGCCCUCUCUAUGUUUCUUCUAGUCCUCUCUAUGUUUCUCUUAGUCCUCUAUGUUUCUCCUACUCCGCUCUAUGUUUUUCCUAGCCCUCUCUAAGUUUCUCCUAGUCCUCUCCAUGUUUCUCCUAGCCCUCUCUUUGUUUUCUCCUAUAGCCAUCUAAUGUUUCUCCCUAGCCCUCACUUCUGUCUCAUAGUCCUCUCUAUGUUUCUCAUAGUCCUCUCUAUAUUUCUCCUAGACCUCUCUAUGUUUCUCCUAGUCCUCUCUAUGUUUCUCCUAGACCUCUCUAUGUUUCUCCUAGUCCUCUCUAUGUUUCUCCUAUCAUCUCUAUGUUUCUCCUAGUCCUCUCUAUGUUUCUCCUAGUCCUCUCUAUGUUUCGCCUAGCCCUCUCUAUGUUUCUCCUAGCCCUCUCUAUGGUUCACCUAGCUCUCUCGGUUUCUCAUAGUCCUCUCUAUGUUUCUCCUAGUCCUCUCUAUGUUUCUCCUAGUCCUCUCUAUGUUUCUCCUAGCCCUCUCUAUGUUUCUCCUAGUCCUCUCUAUGUUUCUCCUAGCCCUCUCUAUGUUUCUCCUAGUCCUCUCUAUGUUUCUCCUAGUCCUCUCUAUGUUUCUCUAGUCCUCUCAAUGUUUCUCCUAGUCCUCUCUAUGUUUCUCCUAGUCUCUCUUUUCUACUCUUCCUUUCUCUUCUCUCCUCUCCUUCUCUCAUCCCUCUCUCCUCUCCUCCUCCAGGGUCUAUCUCGUCCUGUGAUGCGUUCCUCAAUGUGUUCCAGAGGUAAAGGCCUUGAGUCAGAGGUUCUCUGUCCCUGUGGCCAGCUCCCCGAGGGCACUGCCGUUGCCAUUUAGGAGGGUUAGGGCUCCGUCAACACAUCCCAUGACUAAGCACACACCACACACAACACACACACACACACACACACACAUCAUCAGCAGCAGCAUUCAUUCUUGGUCGAUCUUCGAGGAACAGGCUCAAUAUUUUGUUGGUUUGGAAAAGGAUUCUGUCUAAGUUAAGAGGCUGAGGGCACACUACCAUCAUCAUUAGUGUGAUAGACUUCUUAGAUCUUCCUUUUUCUCCAUCACUCUCUGAUCCAGGCCUGUGGAGGACAGUAGCCAGCCCCCAGGCCGAGGUGUUAUCUCCAUGCAGGGUCUGAGUUACAGUUUGGUCGCGUCGACCGGAGAGGAACGAUGUCGUCCUCACUGGCAGGACAGGAGUGGGCACUGUUAUGCCUGGAGGGAGGGGUGUGUGGUUAGGCCUGCUCUCUUUUCAGCCUGCAGUUUUGCAGUGUGUGUGUUAUCUCCCCAGCCCUGGUUGUGUGGUGAAGCCAGAGUGUGUGUGUGAUGUGUUCGCUCCCCAGACCUGGUGUGUGUGGUGAAGCCAGCAGAUGUGUGGUGUUCUCUCCCCAGCCUGGCUGUGUGUGGUUUGAAGCCAGACGGUGUUGUUUGUUGGUGUGUGUUUCUCCCCAGCCCUCGGUUGUUUUGGUGAAGCCAGACGGUGUGUGUGUCUUCCCCAGCCCUGGUGUGUUUGGUGAAGCCAGACAGUGUGGGUGGUGUGUGUGUGUUUCUCUCCCCAGCCCUGGUGUGUGUGUGAAGCCAGACGGUGUGUGGUGGUUCUGCCCCAGCCCUGGUGUGUGGGUGAAGCCAGACGGGUGAGGUGUGUGUUCUCUCCCCACCUGGUGUGUGUGGUGAAGCAAGACGGCCGUGUGUGUGUGUUCUGUCCCAGCCCUGUGUGUGUGGUGAGCCAGGACAGUGUGUGUGUGUGUGUUCUCUCCCCCAGGCCCUGACCUGUGGUGGUGAAGCCAGACGGUGGUGUGUGUGUGUUAUGUCCCAGCCAUGGUGUGCUGUGGUGAAGCAGACGGUUUGUGUGUGUGGUUCUGUCACAAGCCUGGUGUUGUUGGUGAGCCAGACGGGUGUGUGUGUGUGUGUUCUCUCCACACUGGUUGUGGUGGUGAAGACAGACGGUGUUGUGUGUGUGGUCGGUCCCCAGCCCUGGUUGUGUGUGGUGAAGCCAGCCAGACGGUUUGGGGUGUGUGUUCUAUCCCAAGCCCUGGGGUGUGGGUGAAAGCCCAGCGGUGUGCUGGCAUAUCCUAGUAAGACACAGAUGAGAUCGGGGAGAGUGUGUGUGUUCCGUCGCCGGGACUUCCUACUACGGACUGACAAGUGACAAGAACACCUUCGAGGUGAGGACAAGUAGACAUACAUUAAUGAGACAGCAUGUUUUGUUACAAUGUGGUUGGGGUUGUUGUUUAUGACAUUAUAAUAGUGUGAUAAAUGUGGGGGGAUAAUGUGUGUGCGGUGUGGGGUAUGUGUGUGCGUGUGUGGGUGUGUGUAUGUGUGUGUGUGUGUGUGUGUGUGUGGGUGUGUGUGUGUUGGUGGUGUGUGUGUGGGUGGUGUGUGUGUGUGGUGUGUGUGUGAGGCUGUGUGUAUAGGUGUUCCUUGUAGCGUCGGUGGAGGUUAUGGUCAGUGGUUGCGUUGUCCGUACGGGCAUGCUGGCGUCGUGGGUCCGGUGGCAGGUGGUCUGUGUUAUUCUGGGCAAGAGGGAUGGCCUCAUGUGGUCAGCGGACGCAGACAUAAUGCUGAUGAAUAUAGCCACCGCACUGGCCGUGGAGCCAAUGAAAUGUUACGGGGGAGGUAGCAACCGUGCAAAGACACUCCUAAAUGACAGAGCCCACAUGUUCUGGUCAAAGUAGUGCACUCCUGGGAAUACUAUCUCCCCCGGUACUACUGUAUCUGCAUGUAAAAAUAUGGGCAAUACUGAUACUACCAUAACCAUCUAAUUCUGUCUGCCUGUCUGCAUGUAUGCCUGUCGCCUGUCUGUCUGUCUGUUCUGUUCUGCCUCCUGUUGACCUGUCUGCCUGUUGCCUGUCUGCCUGACCUGUCUGUCUGUCUGUCUGUCUGUAUGUCUUCUGUCUGUUGUCUGUCUGUCUGGUCUGUAGCCUGCCUGCCUGCCUGCAGACUGCCUGCCUGCCUGCCUGCAUGCAUGCCUGCCUGCCUGUCUGUCUGCCUGCAUGCCUGCAUGCCUGCCUGCAUGCCUGCCUGUCUGCCUGUCGCCGGAUAGACAGGGUUCAGGUGACCGUGCUGCGUGAUGAGCGUAUCGUGGUCGUAGCGGAGUCAGAGACCAGCUCUACUGAGGAGGACAGCUUCCGUGGAUGAGCCGCGUGCUUCAGGUAACACCACCACAACACACCACAGUACGACCAAAUGCCAGGUAACACCACCGCAACACGACACAGUUAAGACCAGAAUGCAGGGUACACCACCACAACCAACGACCACCAGUACGGACCAUAAUGAGAGGUAACACACCAAACACGACCACCAGUACGGACCAUAAUUGCAGUUAGGGUAACACCACCGAAACACGACCACAGCUCGACCAUAAGCAGGUGGUUAACACACCACAAACGAACCACAGUGACGACCAUAAUGCAGGAACACCACCGCAACACGACCCCACCACAUUACGACCAUAAUGCAGGUAAAACCACCGCACAACACGACCACAGUACGACCAUAAUGCAGGUAACACCACGCAACACGACCACAGUACGACCAUAAUGCAAGGUAACCACCACCGCAACACGACCACAGUACGACCAUAAUGCAGGUUGGAACACCACGCAAACAUGACCACAGACGAACAUAAUGCAGGUAAACAACACCGCAAAACACGACCACAGUACGGACCAUAAUGCAGGUAACACCACGCAACACGACCACAGUACGACCAUAAUGCAUGGUAACACCACCGGACAACACGACCACAGUACGACACAAUUGCGGGUAAACACCAACCACAACACGACCACAGUACGACAUAAUUGCAGGUAAACACCACCGCAAAACGACCACCAGUCAGUAUGACCAUAAUGCAGUAAACACCCACCGACAACACGACCAUCAGUACGACAAUUUAAUUGCAGGUAACACCACGCAACCCGGACACAGACGACCAUAAUGCAGGUAACACCACCGCAACACGGGACACAGACGACAAAAUGCAGGGUAAAACCACCGAAACACGCCCACGUACGGGAACCAUAAUGCAGGUAACACCACCGCAACACGACCACGUCGACCAUAAUGCAGGUAAAACACCACCGCAACAUGACCACAGUACGACCAUUAAUGCAGGUAACACCAACGCAACACGACCACAGUAGAACAUAAUGCCAAGGUAAACACACCGCAACACGACCACAGUACGGACCAUAAUGGCAGGAACACCACCGCACACGACCACAGUACGACCAUAAUGAAAGGGUGUACACCCGCAACACGACCACGUACGGACCAUAAUGCAGGUACACCACACACAACACGACCCCACAGUAGACCAUAAUGCAGGUAACACCACCACACACGACCACAGUACGAAAAUGAAUGCAGGGUAACACCACCGCAACACGACCCAGACGACCAUACUGCAGGUAAACAACACCGCAAACACGACACCAGUUACGACCAUAAUGCAGGUCACACCCACAAACAACACGACCACAGUUAAGACCCUAAGGCCGGUAACACCACCAAAAAACACGACCACAGUACGACAUAAUGCAGGUAACACCACCGCAACACGACCACAGUACGACCAUAAUGCAGGUAACACCACCGCAACACGACCACAGUACGACCAUAAUGCAGGUAGGUAAACAACCACCACAACACGACCACAGUACGACCAAAUGCAGGGUAACACCACCGCAACACGACACAGUACGACCAAAUGCAGGUGGUAACACCACCGCAACACGACCACAGUACGACCAUUAAUGCAGGUAACACCACCGCAACACGACACACAGGACGAACCAUUAAUGCAAACCAGGACGGUGUUAAAAAUGUGUGUUGCAAUACGCUUCUAAAAUGUUGCAAUAAGCUAUACAGUGUAAUGUUGCAAUAGGCUAUACAGUGUAAUGUUGCAAUAAGCUAUACAGUGUAAUGUUGCAAUAAGCUAUACAGUGUAAUGUUGCAAUAAGACUAUACAGGUAACUGUAAUGUUGCCAAUAAGAUAUACAGUGUACUGUGAAUAAGCUAUACAGUGUUGUAAUGUUGCAAUAAGUAUACAGUGUAAGGUUGCAAUUAAGUGAUACGUGUAAUGUUGGCAAUAAAGCUAUACAGUGUAUGUUUUUUCGAGUCAAUUCGAUUGACUUUUUUCUACCUUGCACCUGGGAAAUUGUUAGAGGUUUUUCAUGAUCUCUUGUCUUCUCCCCUGUGUGUGUGUGUGUGUGUGUGUGUGUGUGUGAUGUGUGUGUGUGUGGGUGUGUGUGUGUGUGUUGUGUGUGAUUGAAGGCAAUUAGGACAGUAUCCAUGGUGUGGGUGUGGGUUCUGCCUGGGGUUAGUUCCUGCCAACACCCUCCCUAAGACCCCCCUGGGGGGUAUACACCGUUGAGAACCAAACAGCUGUAACCUGGGGGGGGGUUGCAUCCUGUAACGUCCUAUGUGUCUCACACCUGUUACCAACCUGCCAAACCACGACAGAAACAACAAGGGGAGAAGGGAUCGCGUGAGGGAGGUCGGAUCGCGGACUGGAGGAGGAUACUAGCUCUCCGACGAGAUGAGCGAGAGCGCGCGAGACUUGACGAAGAGAUAUUCCCCCGAGGGACGGAGCGUAAGUGGAUUGUUAUUUAUGAUGGUAGCGGGCCGCGGGAGGCCCCUUGACUCCCUAUUCUGACUUGAGUCGACGACGUAUUAAAGAUGACUUAAGUCUGACUUUUCAGCUGCUCACACUUCCCGGGGCUUUGUGCUGAUCCGCCAUCGAUGGGUCUUGAUAUGAUGGCAGCUGAGGGCGAGAGAAGCCGCGACAGAAUUGUUUUCCGACGAGCAGACGUGAUACCCUGUUCACUUUUUCCCGACGGUCAUGGCGUCUCCUCCCAGUAGACCUUUUGAGGUCCGAAUCCGAUUUCCGGAGAGAGAUAUUCUUAGGUCUUGUGGAUGAUGGCUUAGAGUUGUUCUUUCGGUCGUGCGCCGAGUGCGUGGCGACGAGGGCGAUGGAAUUUCGCCGUUAGGGUGGGUGGUGUGACUGGCUGGCAUUACCCCGCCGGACUGAUGUUCGGGUUGCCUCUGAGCCGGAUCGCUAUUCCUUGGAUCUGACUCUCGAGUGGAAUUCUAUGCGAGAGUCGCGCGAUUGUGUCUAUCCAACGCUCUGAGGAUAUCCUCGACUCGGAUUUUGCGCCCCUGAAUGAUACAACCUGAGCGCCCUCGGAUGCACAACCGAGGAUCUUGACGAGGGUCCCGUCUUUGGCGAGAGAUCUACCUGAGACGGGGACUUAGGUCUUGAGCGCUGGACGCUUGCGAACUCGCGUUGCAGUACUCUAUUGACGUGUGCGAAAUGACGGUCCGAUCGAAUAAGGUGAGUGGGGGGCUGAUCGUCAAAGGACUUAUGGGCCCUUGACCCGGACGGUUGACUUUUCCGGGUACUUCACUUCGACCCCACUCGUUGAGAUGGGGGACUUCUUUUCAGGUGCGAGCUACCUCCGGACAAGAUUUUGUCCUGCCUUUCGAGGGCUUUUCCCUCGUGAGCUCUGGGUAAUAGACAGGACGUGGGAUACUUUAUUUUGUGACCCCCCUUGUUCCUGGGAACCAUCUUAGUUUUUGCAUGCAUCUCUUCCUCUCGGCUUUGUCGGCGACCGUCGGCGAAGGUUUUUCCCCCGAGAGACGAGAGAGAGAGAGCUUGAGACCGAGGAGACGAUGACCACAUUCCUUGUUUUCAUCCGGUGGUAUAGGAUAUCCGAGCACCUUACUUCGGUCCCGAUGAACAAUGAGGUGAGACGGUUUGAGGAUGGGUUGGUACGAUUGUGUCACCCAUCGACCAUAUGAUGUGUCAAGAGGAUCUGGACGAGGAUGAAUUUUCGAACUUUCUGGGCAUUAUGUGUUGAUGAGAUUUCUGUGUCCUGGGAGACCGUAUUCCGAGACCUCUCGAGUGGGAGGUGGGUUUUUUUACCCGUAAGAUGUUUUAGCGACUGUUGUUUGAUCCUCGCGGUCUCUUCCGACAGUACGUGAUCUCCAACCUCGAGAGGGCGAGCGGAGCUAGAGUGAUGAAUGUCGAGAGACUCGGAGAUGAGAUGGAGAGAGGAGAUUGCCCGGUGACUGAGUAGGAGCGAUGCGAAUGACAGGAGAGAGAGAGAGUGAGAGCGUGAUUACGGGAGAGACGAGGAGAGAGAGGAGGCAGAGAAUAGAGAGAGGACGAGUUAGAGAGGAGAGAGAGAGAGAGGGAAUUAGAGAGAAUUAGGAGAGAGAGGCGACGGAGUUAGAGAGAGAGACGGAGGUUAGAGAGAGGGAGGGAGUUCGAGAGAGGUAGGGAGUUUAGGAGAGAGAGGGAGUUAGAGAGAGAGAGGAGUUGAUGCUCGUUUUAGCAGAGCGAUUUAGUAAGAUGACAAGCAACUUGCGGAAACUGACGAACAUAGUAGAGCUCUUAUAGCCUCUCAAGCUUGCUUGUUGUAUAUGGCAUUCAAAUAAAUGUAUUGGACGUGUCCUGACCUCGGGUGUGUGUGUGUUGUAGAGAUUGGUCCUUGGCCUGCUGUGAUGGUGGGGAACUGGUUCUGGAAGAGGAUCGCUAUGGCCAGCGGCAGAAGAGACUGGGGCAGGACUGAGACAAUGACCAGGUAACACACAUAUCUUCCCCUCGACAAAACAGAGGAUUUUAAAAGGGGUUUUUUUAAAAAUUGAGGGGGAAUUUUUUUUUUACAGCGUCUGUGGGAUACUUUUUGUGUGCCCUGUAGUUCCUGUUCCCUGUCCAGAGGUGGCAGGGGAGAUUCAGACACGCCGAAAACCACCUCACACAGGUAGCCCCCGGGAACACCACAAAAAACCCACAAACAAAAAAACAACACGCAGACAAAAAAACAACAACCCAUGGAUUUGAAGGGACGGGAUGGACCGGGAUGCCUUGGUUUUGAGGGAAACCCCCCAACCCCCCCCAAACCUUCACUCCCCACUAAUUCAAUUCAAUUAAGAAGGGGGGAAGGAGGGGGGGAAAAAUAUUUUAACACUUCCUUUUUGGGGGGAGGGGGGAAGGAGAGGGAGGGAGGGGGGGAAAAGGGGAGAAGGGGAGAGAGAGAAAAGAGGGAGGAAAGAGGGGAGAGAGGGAGGGGGGGAGAGGGGGGGGAAGGGGGGGAGGGGGGGAGGGAAAAAGAAGAAGAAAAGGGAAAGGGAAAGGGGAAAAAAAAUUUUAAAAGAAAAGGAAAAGAAAAACAAAAAGAUCCACUUUUCUCUCUCUUUUCUCCUUCUCUCUUUUUCCCCCUUUUUUUUUUCCCCCUCUUCUUUUCCUCUCUCCCCUUUAGGGAGCAGUGGUCUAGUUCUCGAGGUCUUGCCCAUAAGAGGGCAGAGAGGUUGGCUCUGUGGGGGAGAGGAGGACACAGGAGGGAGCCCACAAAAAGGGUUUCUACCCACCAGGUAACCACCCCAAAAAAACCACAGACAGAGGUGACCCCCAAAAUAACUCUUCACUUCAUCCUAUGUGUGUUACAGGUAAGCCCGAGCACCCUUUAGGGUUUGCGGACGCUGGGGGGGGCCAUCACACCCCGCCCGCCCCACCCCAAAACCAACCACCUGCCCACGGCAAGUGACGUAGAGGGAGAGACAAUAGUGGUUAAACGAGGUCAAGCUCCCCAGGAAAAGGAAAGGAGGGGGGAAAAGGGGGGGGGGGGGAGGGGAAAAAAAAAGGGGAGGAGGGGGGGGGGGGGGGAGGGGGGGGGGGGGGGAGGGAAGGAGCGGGGGAGCCCCCGGGGGGGAAAAAGGAGGGAGGGGGGAGGGUAAAAAUAAUUUAUUAUUAUUGUUUCGGGUAAACCCCACCUACUUUUCCCUCUCAUCCCCCCGCCCCCCCCCCCCAAAAACCCCCCCCCCCCCCCUUUUUUUAAAAAAUUUUUGUCCCCCCCUUUCCCAGGCAGGUUUAAGGGGGGGAAAAAGGGGGGGGCGGGGGGGAAAAAAGGGGGGGGGGGAAAAAAAAGGGGGGGCCCCCCCGGGGCCCCCCCCCCCCGGCCUUGGGGGGCCCAACCCGGCCCCCGGGGGGCCCCCCCCCCAUUGAAAAGGGCCCACGCGCCCCCCACCCCGCCCCCCCAAAACCCGCCCGGGCCCCCCCCGGGGGGGCCCCGGGACGACCCGCCCCCGGGGAAGGGGGGGGGAGGGGAAGGGAGGGGCGGGGCGGCCCCGGGGGAAAAGGAAAGGGGGGGGAAAAAAAAGGGGGGGGAAAAAGGGGGGGAAAAAAAGGGAAAAAGGGGGAAAAAAGGAGGGGGGGGAGGGGGAAAGGGGGGGAGGGGGGGAAAAAGGGGGAGAGAGAAAAAAAAAAGGGAGAUUAAAUUUUUCAAAAAUUUUAAAUUCAUUUUCUUUAUUUUUUUAAAUUUUUUACUUUUUUUAAUUUUCCCCCUUUUCCCCCCAUCAUCUUCCCUUGAUAACAGGGGUUCAUUUAACUUCUUUAAACUCCCCAUAAAAAACUCCUCCCCCUACACUUCCCCCUAACCUUUUCUAAUUUAAAAUUUCCCCAUUUUUAUUUUUCCCUUAUUUUUUUUUCUUCACUUUCUUUUUUGGUUUGUCGGGUUAGCAUUUUUUAAAUGCCCGGGGCUUUGCGGAUUUUUAAAAGGGGCCCGUUUGGAGGGGGUUAACAAAUUUUGUUUCGUACCUGGAGAACCCCCAGGGAUAAAGGUCCCCUGAACCCGGCCCUACCGGUUGGCCCCACUCGGCUUUGGGGGGGAGGGGGAAAAAUUCCCCCAAUUUUGUAACCCCCCUGUUUUUUUUUUUGUUUUCCCCCCGGAUUUAGGGUGUAUACGGGACGGGGGAGAAAAAAAAAAACCCCCUAACCCUGACCCUAACCCUGCUACCAACCCAUGGUUUGGGCCAUCGGGCCCCGGCUACCCCUAAUUACCCAACCCCCUUAACUGAUCUUUCCCUUUCCCUUGGGCUAAAAGGGAAAAAAAAAAAGGGGGGGGGGAGUUGUUUGGGGGUGGGGGGGGAGAAAAAAUUUUUAAAAAAAAUUUUUUUCUCCCACCACCCCCCCCCCACGCCCCUUUUCCCCCCCAAAAACACUCCCCCCCCCAAAAAAAAUUUCCCCCCCCAUCUCCCUUAUUUUAAACUUUAAUUUCCUUCUUUCCCUUCCUUUUUUUUCCCUUAUCUUUUUUCCCUUCAUCUCUCUUUUCCCUCUCCCCCAGGUAAAAGUGUUCGGCCUUGUGAUGACCCACGGUCAUUGAAAACCCUUGCGGUCUAAGGAGGCGGUCGCCACAGGGACUUUCGGGAAAAAGGGCCUCCCGCCCUGGACACGGGUCAGCCUAACCCCACAGUUCUAGAUUUCGGGGUUAGGGUUUUUUGUACGUAUCUUAGGGUUAGUGGAUGUUUUUUAUGUUCUGUCGGGCUGUUAGCCUGGGGGUGUUUGUAUGAUCUGUCAGGCUGUUGGGGAGUUUGAUGUACUGUCAGGUGUUAGCUGGAUUUUUUUUUAUAUUUGUCGGGCGUUAAUGGAUUUUUGUUUGGUGUUAACUGAAUAUUUUUUGUGUUAUCGUGACCUGCCAAAGAAAAAAGCCCCCAGCGCUGCAUAAGCCCUGAACCUGAACCCCGGGCCUACGGAUUCAGGGCACUACGGAUGCUGGCUGGAUAAGGAAAUUAAACCCCCCUAAUUCUGACCAACCCUCUGUUCUGCCCUUUUAACCUACCUGGAUUCAGGGUUCCAACUGGCAUGCUGGUGGGAAGGUAACAUAACCCCUAACUUGACCCCUAAACCUUUCUGCCCCUUUACCCUCCCUGGAUUCAGUUGUCCAUACCCCCCUGUGGCUGGAUAAAGGUAACUUAAAGCCCUAAUUUUGCCCUUAUCCCGCUUUUAUCCCCUGCUUCCCUAGUGGUAAAGGGGGUUCCUAUGUGUGUGGUGUUUUUGGGGGGUUGUGUGUGUUGGUGUGUUGUUUUGUGGUGUGUGGUGUGUAGAUGUCCUAAGGGGGGGAGCGUUUGUCGGUCGGUAAAGUGGGCAGUGUGAAAUGUUUCCCCCCGAGGGAGCCUUUCUUUUGACCCUACUGCGGCUGGGCUUCGUCCCGGGUUUUGCAGGAAACACACCGAAACACCAAACACACCGUGACUAAACACAGACAGAGGCCGCAGGGCCCAACACCACCCCUCAAAACGUUUAAAGUCCAAAAUGCAUUCCCUUUAACCUUUUAAUCUUCCCGUGUAUACAGGGAAAAAGUGA